GUCGUGAGGCGGUGUGUACUUUCGAAAAGUUUUCGCCAGCAACGCGCGUCGCGCGGAUUCAUCGUUUAUUGCAACGCGCAACUUCACGCGACGCGCAUCGUUCAUACACAUCGCGAUCAACGUAUCAAAAUAUUUUCGCGGCAGUUUUUCACUCCACUCGCCGGCAUUUGAUAGAGGUCUGUGUACGGAAUAUUUAUAAAUACACGCCGAGUGGUUGUGCGCAGUAUGACAUUUCGAUGUAUAAAUAUUGAAUGUGUUUGAAAUUUGACUAGUGGGCGACGAUCAUCAUCGUCUCAUGAUAUAAACUUUAAAGGUGCAAAGAGGAUCAGUUACAAAAAGUUUCGUGAAGCGAAUUGAGGUGGUUAAUAACAUAAAAUCAGUGUGUAAACUGCAAACUUGAGUUGAAUUUUAUUAAAAUGCAUCUGGACGACUUGAACUUUGCGCAUUCUGCGCUUAGGGAAGAUAUUAUUCCUCCUAAUGAAAUCUUUGUAAAUCGAAGCUUGCAUCUUGAAAACAUAAAAUUCUAUGGCUUUGAUAUGGAUUAUACGCUUGCAGAAUACAAAUCUCCACAGUUCGAGCGACUUGGUUUUGACCUGAUUAAGAAACGAAUGGUUUCAGUCGGCUAUCCGCAGGAAAUCAUGGAGUUUGAGUACGAUCCUACAUUUGCCAUCAGAGGAUUAUGGUUUGAUACUCUGUACGGAAAUUUGCUAAAAGUGGACGCAUACGGCAAUAUCCUCGUGUGCGCUCAUGGCUUCAACUUUUUAAAGCACUCUGAUGUGUACGCAUUAUAUCCGAACAAGUUCCUGCAACUGGACGAAUCACGCGUGUACGUGCUGAACACGCUUUUCAACCUGCCGGAGACUUAUAUGCUUGCGUGCCUCGUUGAUUUCUUCUCUACUUCCGAACAGUUUUCCGUAACCAAGACUGGUGUCAAGGAUGAAGUUAUGUUUAUGAGUUUCAAAUCCAUUUGGCAGGACGUAAGAAAUGCCGUCGAUUUUGUUCAUAUUACAGAAUCACAAUUGAAGAAGAGUACCUGUGAAGAUUUAGACAAGUAUGUCAAGAAGGACGAACGCCUGCCCACGUUUCUCACACGUAUUCGUGAGAGCGGGGGUAAAACCUUCCUGCUUACUAAUAGCGAUUACAACUACACCAAUAAGAUUAUGACUCAUUUGUUUGACUUUCCUCAUGGUGCCAGACCGAAUGAACCUCAUCGAACCUGGCAUACUUAUUUUGAUACCAUUGUCGUCGACGCACAUAAACCAUCCUUUUUCGGGGAAGGCACCAUUCUUCGACGGGUGGAUACGACAACUGGAGGCUGUCAACUUGGUUUGCACAUGGGUCCGCUCAGUACGGAUCAUGUUUACUCAGGAGGCUCUUGUGAUGUUUUUACUGAAUUAAUCGGUGCAAAAGGUAAAGAUGUAGUGUACGUGGGCGAUCACAUUUUCGGCGACAUUUUGAAGAGUAAGAAAAUCCGCGGGUGGCGCACAUUCCUCAUUGUGCCAGAAUUAGUGCGCGAAUUGCACGUGUGGACAGACAAGUGUCACUUGUUCGAGGAUUUGCAGUUGCUGGAUAUCAAAAUGGGUGAAUUAUACAAAAAUUUAGACAGCAGCGCAAAGGAAAAGCCAGAUAUUUCCAGAAUUCGCGGGGCUAUCCGCGAUGUCACGCACAAAAUGGACAUGAGCUAUGGUAUGAUGGGUAGCUUGUUCCGUUCAGGAAGUCGUCAGACAUUCUUUUCGUCUCAGGUUGUCAGGUAUGCAGAUUUGUAUGCGGCUACACAUCUGAAUUUGCUGUACUAUCCAUUUUCGUAUAUGUUCCGUGCACCAGCAAUGCUCUUGCCCCACGAGUCUACCGUAGCGCAUGAACAAAAGUUCGUCCUGGAAAGUCAACCUUCACGUGCUGUGGCACAUUUCGAGGAUACGCCCUCCACAACAAAGCCACAUGUUGCUAUGCAACGACAGAAAAGCGUAGUGCCUCACGUACGUCCAGAAAAACCUCGCACGGUGACGCACAAUCACGACGAAGACUACUCAGACGACGACAGCGAGGAAUCGCGGCAAAGGAACACCAUAGAUGUCUCAACGUCCGCGUCUAGUGGAAGCACAUUUUAGAUUCCGGGCACAAUCAAAGGUGCAGAUGUGCAGUAAUGUUUAAAUUCAAUAAAAUGUUACAAAUUCAUAGCUCCUAGAUUGUUGAUGCGAGUUGCGACGAAUUGUUCAUCAUUUUUAUUCAUCGAUUACGAGUUUCGUUGUUGACAUUUUGAUACGAGUUAAUUUUUUAUGUGAAGCAAUAGGUUUUGCAUUGAUUGCAUUUAUGCUAAUCGGAGAAGCAAUGAAAGCUAUUAAGCAAUACGACGCGGAUAUUCGCACGCCGCUUUUAUCCAAGUUACGAACAAAUCGUUUUUACAUAAGUAGAGUAUCUAAAUAUUGCAGGAGGUAUGAGAUGUUGAUAUUGUCAAAUUGAAAUUUUUAAAUAAAUAUUAUGCAUAAUA